AUGAAAAUAAAAGAUAAACCACUAUCUGAAUUAAGUGACCCAAAAUGGAUAUGUGACUUGGCAUUUCUGGUCGAUCUUACAGGCUAUUUGAAUGAUUUAAAUUUUAAACUUCAAAAACAAGGACAGUUAGUAAAUGAUUUGUACAGCCAUUUGAAAGCGUUUCAGAUCAAACUACGCUUGUGGGAGUCACAGAUGCUGUCUGGUAACAGUUACCAUUUCAACACGCUCUCUGCGUAUGAAAAUAUUCUUUAUGCUCAAUAUGCUGAAGAACUCAAGUUAUUGUCGGAUCAAUUUUCUAACAGAUUUAUCGACUUCAAGAACAUGGAAGACUGUUCCAGUUUAUUUGCUACUCCUCCAAAAUAUAAUGUACAAAAUGCUCCAAUACACUUACAAAUGGAGUUGAUCAAGAAAACACACUCCUAG